AUGUUGUAUCAUACAGAACUCAGCGCUCUGAACUUCAGCCCCAUACUUUCUUACUACAAAGAGGAUUCAUCAGUAUCAUGUAAUUUGGAUCCCUCUUUUAACAAAUUAUACGGCCGACCCUACAUACUGGUCAUGGAUUCACCCAAAGGAAUGGAGUUAGAAGGCAAAGAGUUGACUAAUCCGUUUACACUGGACUCCAGCUUUCUCGGCGGCAUCUACAAAUUAGAAUGUGUGGCCAGUUCUAGUGAGAUGGCCUUCUUCAAAAUUAAUAUGGAGGUCAACUACAGAGGUGAUGAAGUACUAGUAUUGUCAGGUGGACCUUCAUUUCGAAUGAAAAUGCAUGGAGAAGAGAUUCGUUGGUUGAUCUCACCAGAUGAGGACGGAUGA